ACUCAGUGGGUUCCCUGCUUGGAUUCCACUGGCACAGGACAGGACGGGACUGGCUUGCGUGGCAGAGACCUGCACCGGUUUGAGGAGAGUUGCAGUUUGUUCCCAAAUAAAGUCAACAAAUUGUUCUUCUGCAUCUCUGCAUCAAGUGUUCGGCACAUCAGACCCAAGUGAACCAUGACAAGAACUGUGGCUAAGGAAGGAGAGUCCAAUGAGGCCACUGCAGUUCCUGAAGAGAUAAAGAAGGAGGAAAUGGAAGAGAGAGGCCAGUGGAGUAGCAAAAUGGAGUUUGUGCUAUCUGUGGCUGGAGAAAUCAUUGGUCUGGGUAAUGUGUGGAGGUUCCCUUACCUCUGCUACAAGAAUGGUGGUGGAGCCUUCCUCAUCCCUUACUUCAUCUUCCUUUUCACCUGCGGGAUUCCCCUGUUCUUCCUGGAGACGGCGCUGGGGCAGUACACCAGCCAGGGAGGGAUCACUGCCUGGAGGAAGAUUUGUCCCAUCUUUGAAGGAAUUGGGUAUGCCUCACAAGUUAUUGAGGGAUAUUUGAAUAUCUACUACAUCAUCAUCCUGUCCUGGGCACUCUUCUACCUGUUCAGCUCCUUCACCACAGUGCUUCCAUGGGCCAGCUGCAAUAACCCCUGGAACUCAGAUCUCUGUGUGGACAUUCUGAAUAGCUCCAGCCUGGACAACAGGACCUUGCCUGCCAAUGCCACCUCCCCAAUGAUUGAAUUUUGGGAGAAGAGAGUCCUGGGGCUCACGGAUGGGAUUCACAAACUGGGGACUGUGCGCUGGGAGCUGGCUCUGUGUCUCCUGCUGGCCUGGAUCAUCUGCUACUUCUGCAUCUGGAAAGGGGUCAAGUCCACAGGCAAAGUUGUUUACUUCACUGCCACCUUCCCAUACAUGAUGCUUAUCAUCCUGCUGGUGCGAGGAGUCACACUCCCAGGUGCAGCUGAGGGGAUCAUCUUCUACCUGAAGCCAGACAUUUCCAGGCUGGCAGACCCCCAGGUCUGGAUGGAUGCAGGCACUCAGAUCCUCUUCUCUUAUGCCAUCUGCCAGGGCUGCCUGACAGCUCUGGGCAGCUACAACAAAUAUACCAACAACUGUUACAGGGACUGCAUCAUGCUCUGCUUCCUGAACAGUACCACCAGCUUCACUGCUGGUUUUGCUAUCUUCUCUGUGCUGGGCUUCAUGGCUCAAGAGCAGGGCGUGCCCAUUGCAGAAGUGGCUGAAUCAGGUCCUGGCCUGGCUUUCAUAGCAUAUCCAACAGCAGUAACAAUGAUGCCCGUGUCUCAGCUCUGGUCCUGCCUCUUCUUCCUCAUGCUGAUCUUCUUGGGACUGGACAGCCAGUUCGUCUGUGUGGAAAGCAUGGUGACUGCUCUUAUUGACCUGUUCCCAGGAGUGUUUCGGAGGAAGGGGCGUCGGGAGCUGCUGAUCCUGGCCAUUGCAGUCAUAUGCUACCUGGUGGGCUUAUUGCUGGUCACUGAGGGUGGGAUGUACAUCUUCCAGCUCUUUGACUACUAUGCUGCCAGUGGCAUGUGCCUACUCUUCCUGGCCAUUUUUGAAGUAAUCUGUGUAGGAUGGGUAUAUGGUGCCAACCGCUUCUACGACAACAUUGAGGACAUGAUUGGGUUCCGGCCAUGGCCCUUGAUCAAGAUAUGCUGGCUGGUGUUCACCCCAGGGCUGUGCUUGGCCAUCUUCCUGUUUUCCCUCAUCAAGUACACACCCUUGAAAUACAACAAUUCCUAUGUGUACCCACCCUGGGGCUACGUGGUGGGCUGGCUGAUGGCACUCUCUUCCAUGGUCUGCAUUCCUGCCUAUGCCAUCUUCAUCCUCCUGAAAACCAAAGGACCUCUGAAGCAGCGGCUGACGCAGCUGAUUUCCCCAGCGGAGGAUCUGCCGCAGCCCAAGAAGCACGUGGGUCCCUCUGAUCCCUUGAAGCACAAGGGAUGGUCCCCUCCAGUCCAGGAGGUGCUCAGCAUUACAGAGAGAGAAACCCACUUCUAAGACACUGGGAAUAUCUCCUCCACACUCUGGACUGAUUCGCUCUUUGCUUCCAAAGUGUCUUCUUUUCUCUCCUGGGCUCUUCCCUUCUGUCUUUCAUGUCUGAGACAGAAGCAUCUGGGACACCUUCUCCUUCCAGCCAGCUGGCUGCACCCAUCGAGGACAACAUUUCUUUUGACUCCCUGGGGGACAACUCUCCUUGUCAGCAGCUGGGGAGAGAGCUGCAUGUUUUGUCAGAAGUGUCCUCCAGUACUGACUCUGAUGGGGAAGAGGAAAAAAACACAUUAACAAAAAACAAACAAAAAAAGAAAGAAAAUAAGAAAAAAAAAUGUGGUCACUUUGGAAUGAGGAAAGGAAACCACAGAGGUGAGAGAGAACAGAGAAUAAAAGUGUGCAGGAGCAAAGUUAAGGAUGCAAAGGCACAAAAUGAUGAGGCGUUUGCACAGGGAAUAAAUAAGUUGGUUCAGAAGUACAUAAGCUGGAGGGUGACAAAGGAAAGUGCACAGCUAGGUCACCUCUGUAUGAGGGAGCAGGAGCCAGGAACAUAACAGAGGCAAUGAUAAAAGGAGGCUGCAGUGUUAGUACUUGUCACUGAAAAGGAAGAAAAGACUGACAGGGUGCUCAGUGCAAUCGUCACUGAUGAUGGAUCUCAAAGCAUCUCAGGAUGAAAAGGGGAUGAGGCACAACUAUCUAGGGGACUCACUCUUGGUCACAACUACAUGGCUACAUGUAGUUCAACUACAGUUGGACUUAAUGAUCCUGAUGGGUCCCUUCCAACGUAGCAUAUUCUAUGAUUCUGUGAUUCUAUGGCCCAGUGAAAAUGCAUCUGAGAGUGAAACAGCUGAAUAUUUGACAAUUCUUUCAGAAAAUUCAUGGAAUGCAGAAAAAGUCACAGCGUAGUUGGUUAAAAAAUCAGCAGCAGCACAGCAAGAAGAAAGGAAACCCUGAGGAGUUCUUGCCCACAAAUUAAAGUACACUGCUGGGGCAUUUUGUUGAGCCAUUAAUGAAAGUGUUUAUGGGCCAGAUUCUGGGCUGCAGAGUAGCUUUGGGGUGAGAGUGGGAGAAGGAUUUUGCUCCCUCAGCUUUGCUGCAGAUGACUGCUCAGGGGAUAAGGGAGACAUAAUCGAGUGCAAUAAUCAUAAGCUCAAGCAAGAUAAAGAGAUAAUUAAUAGAUAAGAUGGGUUCAUUGGAAGCAGAUUGUAUCAAAUUAAAGGUCUCUUGUUGCCAGGGUAGUCAUGAAUGUGAGACAAUGGCUAGGACUGUGCUUGGAUGUGAUGUUUGGGGCAGUGCCUCCCAGCUCUGUCCUGUGGAGGCUGGGGCUGUAAAACUCCUUGCCAAAAUCUGCUUGAAUGCCUUGAAUGUCAGAAUUUCACAGUUCAAAACACAGGAAAAAGACAGUGGCAGGAUCCCCUCAGGUGCUUUGCUGUGGUUGAGGGCGUACGCACUGGUGCACGGCUGUGUUGCAAUACUGGAGCAUCAAACCAUGCUGGAGAAUGGCCAUUAAAAAGAAUCAGAGAUGCCACAGGCUCCUUUCCCUUGUUCCUCAUUCCAAGUAAUUGCUUUUCCCUGUGCUGUGUGGAGAUAAAGCACCAGUACUGAAAGUAAGUGGGAAAAUUGGGCCUCAUCCGUGCAAUGCGGUACCUAUUCCAAUUGCUAUGGGAACCUUAUCUUUUGCUGUUUCCUGUGAGUUUAACUGGCAAAUUAACAUAGGGCAAUCUUUUCCCCAUUUCAUUUCCUUUCUUCUAAGAACUAGAAACUAAAAAUUGUUGGUGAAACGAACACUGAAAGUCAAGUAUCAAAAUUUGUACUUUUCUGGGACAUUAUCAUUGGAUUGGAGAUGAUUUACUGGAAAAGGUAGAAAUAGCUGGCAAGCCCCCUCCUUGUUCUCUGCAAAGGACUGCAGCACCACGUAAGAUACCAUUUAUUUCAUUUUUAUUUUUUUGAGGAGCUCAAUGUCACAUUGCAGCAAUAAUCACGGGCAGAGCAUUACAUCCAGAAGCUUGCAGUCAGGCCUCAUGGUCAGUAUUUUGCUGAUUUUUUUCCCUCUCCCUCCCAGCUGUGUUGCUCACGAUUUGGUGAAGGGGAGCAGCCUACUGCAGGAGGAGCAAAAGCCACCAAGGAGGCACAGUGCCAGGGUGGUAGAUCUUCAUGAUCAGCUGGAGGAAUCACCUGCCCUGGGGGGGUCUCUGCAUCUGCCUCCCCUGUCUGUAGGAGCUCUGGGAGGAGCCGUGGACAAGAAGUUUGGUUUCAGGUGUGGGCUGCAGCUGCCUUGGCAGUACCCGUGGUCAAAAUGAUGGUAUUGGUUUUGAGAAAGAAUUCUGCCUUCUCUUCAUCAAGAAACAGUAAGGAAAGCUAAAGGACUGGGGCUUGCCAUCCAGAAUCUUAGGCAUUAGCAUGGGUUUCUUGCAAAGUCCUUGGUAGGACAUUUAACCCCUUUGCUCCUGCUGCCAUGGCUUUGGGGUCUAAGGUGGUAUCAUACUGCCAGAGAAGAUGUGGAGAUGUGGUCACUCUUCUUUCUGAGGUAGUUGGAUAACACUGCAAAAAUCCUAGAUAGAAAUAAACCACUUUUCAGUUUUAAGCAUACACAUGGAGCUGUGUCAUUGAAAAUAAAUACUGCAUGAACUGGUU